AUGUGGUAUCGGCUUGACCGUCGCCGCAAGAAGCGCAACACUGAGGUCCUCGGUGAUCGCAUGCGCGAUGACGAGCCUGAUGCAGGACCAACUCGUCGACCUGUUACCGCCGCUCAGCAGGACAGCGACAGUGAGGAUGGCUCUGAAGCCGAGUAUGGAUCUGACUUCGAGAUACCUGACUUCACGCCCGAUGACGAGAACAAGCCACCUCCUCACCAGCCUGGCCAACAUCCAAUGCUUUCUAUGCCUGCAGUCGAUGAGUCAAGGCAUGACCCUUGA